GGGCUUAUCCUUCUCGCUUUCCUCUGUUUCGCCAUGGACCUCAAUGCACUCCUUGCUCCUGUUCCUCUCGCCAUUAGAUCUCAGGGAGCUCAUCCUCUGCUCUCCCAAUGUCUUAGAAGAAAUUCUUGCUGUUUUCCGCGGAGGCCUCCACGGUAUCGGCGUUGGUUUCCAUUGAGGAGGUAUCAGGCUUCGGUUUCUAUCCCACAGUUUCAAUCGGAGGAGCUGAAGGCCCGAAUCAGAGCUUCUUCGAUCCCUACGUUUCAGCAGGCUAUUCAGCGGCUCCAGGGGUACUGGGCUUCUGUUGGAUGUACCAUAAUGCAAUGCAGCAAUACAGAGGUUGGUGCUGGGACGAUGAAUCCUUUGACGUUCUUGAGGGUUCUAGGCCCUGAACCAUGGAAUGUUGCGUAUGUUGAACCUAGCAUACGUCCAGAUGAUAGUCGAUAUGGUGACAACCCAAAUAGACUUCAGCGUCAUACUCAGUUUCAGGUUAUUUUAAAGCCCGAUCCUGGAAACUCACAAGAUCUCUUCAUUGGUAGCCUGUCAGCAUUAGGAAUUGAUGUCAAUGAGCAUGAUAUUCGCUUUGUCGAAGACAAUUGGGAAAGUCCGGUUCUUGGUGCUUGGGGAUUGGGCUGGGAAGUAUGGAUGGACGGGAUGGAAAUAACACAAUUUACAUAUUUUCAGCAGGCUGGAAGUCUUCCAUUGCUUCCUGUAUCUGUGGAGAUAACUUAUGGUCUUGAGCGAAUCCUUAUGUUGCUUCAGGGGGUGGAUCACUUCAAGAAAAUUAAGUAUGCUGAUGGAAUUACUUAUGGCGAGCUAUUUUUGGAGAAUGAAAAGGAAAUGAGUGCAUAUUAUAUGCAGCAUGCCAACAUUGGUCAUAUACAAAAUCACUUUGAAAAUUUUGAGGAGGAAGCUCGAGCGCUAUUAUCACUUGGAUUAGCAAUUCCAGCGUAUGAUCAGCUUCUGAAAACAUCUCAUGCCUUCAAUAUCUUAGAUUCCAGAGGUUUUAUUGGUGUCACUGAACGUGCUAGGUAUUUUGGCCGCAUGCGCAGCCUAGCUCGCCAGUGUGCUCAACUUUGGGUUAAGACUCGAGAAACUCUCGGGCAUCCGUUAGGCAUUUGUUCUGGAGUAAACCAUGUGGAUCAUCCCAAAACUAUUAAAGCAGAAGUGGAAAAGGUGGGAGUCGAUCCCAGGGAAUUUGUGCUUGAGAUUGGAACAGAAGAAAUGCCACCUGGGGAUGUAAUUGAUGCAAGUGAGCAACUCAAAAUAUCAAUUGUGCAAAUGCUAGACAAACAACGAUUGGCACAUGGAGAAGUGUCUGCAUGGGGUACUCCAAGGCGUCUAGUGAUUCGUGUCCAGAGCCUUUGGCUGAAGCAAGCAGAGAAUGAGUUAGAAAUCCGUGGUCCUCCACUAGAAAAAGCAUUUGAUCAGCAAGGAAAUCCUACUAAGGCUGCUGAAGGUUUCUGCCGCAAAUAUUCUCUUUCUACUGAUGAUAUGUAUAAGCAGCUUGAUGGCAAGACAGAGUAUGUUUAUGUUCGAGUAAAGAAGUCCGCACGAUUUGCUUUGGAGGUGUUGGCCGAAGAAUUGCCAAAGAUUAUUUCUAAUAUUUCAUUUCCAAAGUCAAUGCGGUGGAACUCCAAGUUUACGUUUAGUCGACCUAUCCGUUGGAUAUUAGCACUACAUGGAGACAAUAUUGUACCUUUUGUCUUUGCUGGUGUUAUAAGUGGGAGGCUGUCGUGUGGUUUGCGCAAUUCAGCCUCUGCUGUUUUUGAGGUUGAAAGUGCUGAGACUCAUUCAAACUAUUUGGUGAAAACAGGAGUAGUGAUUGACAUGGAGGAAAGGAAAGAAAAUAUUGUUCGUGAUUCCAUUUCAUUGGCGGAAGGUGUUGGCGGUUGUAUUGUGAUGGAUGAUAACUUGCUUAAUGAGGUUGCGAAUCUUGUUGAGGCACCUGUACCAAUUCUGGGAAAGUUUGAUGAAUCAUUCUUAGAACUUCCGAAAGAUAUAUUAAUUAUGGUUAUGCAGAAACACCAGAGAUAUUUUCACUUGAUAGAUGACUCAAGCAACAAGCUGUUGCCAUACUUCAUUGCUGUGGCUAAUGGUGUAAUUGAUAAAGUGGUUGUUACUAAAGGGAAUGAAGCUGUUCUUAGAGCUCGCUAUGAAGAUGCAAAAUUUUUUUUUAGUCUGGAUAUUCAAAAGAAAUUUUCUGAAUUUCGAAGGGAGCUUAGUGGGAUACUCUUUCAUGAGAAACUAGGAACCAUGCUGGACAAAGUUUCACGAAUUGAAAAGACUGUUGGAAAACUUAGCACUGCUCUAGGAUUGAGUAGGAGUUUUGUCCCAGUGCUUGAAGAAGCUGCAGGCCUGGCUAUGUCUGAUCUUGCUACUUCUGUUGUUACUGAAUUUACUUCCCUUGCUGGAAUAAUGGGGCGUCAUUAUGCCCUCAGGGAUGGCUAUUCACAGCAGGUUGCCGAAUCCCUAUUUGAGAUCACACUUCCUAGGUUUUCUGGGGAUGCACUUCCAAAGACUGAAGUAGGCAUUGUCUUGGCCAUUGCUGACAGACUUGAUAGUCUAGUUGGUUUAUUUGGUGUUGGUUGUCAGCCAAGCUCCACCAGCGAUCCCUUUGGUUUGAGAAGAAUUGCCUAUGGCCUUGUUCAAGUGCUGGUAGAAAAUAACAAAAAUUUGGAUUUGAAAAAUGCUUUGCAACUUGUAGCACAUGUGCAACCCAUCAAAAUUGAGGAAAAUAUUUUACAUGAUGUACAUCAAUUUAUCUCGCGGAGACUAGAACAACUACUGUUGGAUAAGGGUAUAAGUUCUGAAAUUGUUCGUUCAGUACUUUCAGAACGCUCAAAUUCACCUUGUUUAGCUGCAAAAUCAGCUAUUGAAAUGGAGGCUCUAGCUGGAGGUGAUCUUUUCCUGAAAGUUAUUGAAGCAUACUCAAGGCCAACUAGAAUUAUCCGUGGGAAGGACAUUGGCACUGAUGUGGAGGUAAGUGAAGCUGCAUUUGAGAGUGACGAAGAGCGAGCAUUAUGGAGUGCUUAUUUAGCAGUAGAGUCUGAAAUCCAUCCAGAUGUUGAUAUUGGCGUCUUUUUAAACAUAUCCUCACAAUUGUCGCAGCCUCUAGAAGAUUUCUUUGAACAUGUAUAUGUGAUGGCGGACGACGAAAGAAUUAGGAAAAAUCGGCUUGCGCUUCUGAAGAAAAUUGCAGAUCUCCCUAAAGGCAUAGCCGACUUAUCGCUCUUGCCGGGUUUCUGAAAUUGUGUUUGAUUGAUUGCUCAGGUUUUUCGAUACUAUAUCACAGUUAUCUUGAAACAAAUUAUUGCUCUCUCGGAGGAUGGCUUGCUUCUGUGCAACUUAAAGAUAAUGUACAGAUUUUGUAAUGUAUGAGCAAUGUUUGUAUUCUAUUCAUUGUUGUUUGACUCAUUUAAUCACUGAAUAAUAUGUAUUUAAAUUAUUAUUAUUAUUAUUAUAUAAUGUAUUUGUAUUAAGGAAAUUUGAGUGAAAAAAGAAAGGGAGGGAACACAUUAGCAAUGAGAUGUAA